CUGCCACCUCAAACACAAAACAACAAGCAAAGCAAAGCAGCAGGUGUUGUGCUGUGCUGACUGCAGCUCUCUCUCUCGUUGCUUCCCUCCCUCCCUUGCUUGCUUGCUUCAAGGAGACAGAGCGAGACACAGACACGAGACCACAGAGACAGCGUCAUGGCUGGUGGUGACGUGUGGUCCAAGCUGCGCAACUUGGACGCGUAUCCAAAGACGCUGGAGGACUUUCGUGUGAAGACGUUCUCCGGUGCAGCCAUCUCCAUUGUGGCCAUCCUGCUCAUUGUGGUCCUCUUUACCUCAGAGCUCGUGUACUACCUGUCCACUGAGGUUGAGCCUGAGCUGUUUGUUGACACAUCCCGCGAUGAGAAGAUGCGCAUCAACGUGGACGUGACCUUCCACAAGAUGGCCUGCGCCUUCUUGCAUCUCGACAUCAUGGACGUCUCUGGGGAGAAUGAGCUUGACGUGGAGCACGAUAUCUUCAAACAGCGGUUGACUGAGACCGGCACGCCCAUCUAUGAGGAGCCGGAGGAAGUGGACGACUUGGGAGACGAGUCUGACAGCGCUGUCGGUGCUCUGAAGAUGAUGAAGGAAGGCCUCGAUCCAAACAGAUGCGAGAGCUGCUACGGGGCGGAGAGCGAGCAGAACAAGUGCUGCAACACGUGUGAGGCCGUGCGUGAGGCGUACAGGCGCAAGGGCUGGGCGCUCACAGACAUCCAGGGCAUUGAGCAGUGCGAACGCGAAGGGUGGACGGAGAAGCUCAAGGCGCAGGCGAAGGAGGGGUGCCGCAUCUACGGCCAUCUCGAAGUCAACAAGGUUGCCGGAAAUUUCCACAUUGCGCCUGGCAAGAGUUUCCAGCAGCACAGCAUCCACUUCCACGACCUGAACUCCUUUGGCCGCGAAGCCCUCGGGAAGUUCAACAUGUCGCACACCAUCAACCACUUGUCGUUUGGCAUUGAGUAUCCUGGUGUUGUCAAUCCCCUCGACGGCCAUUCGGAGACAGCAGACAAACUCGGGGCGACGAUGUACCAGUACUAUGUGAAGAUUGUGCCGACGCGGUACCGCAAGGCGCGCGGGCAGGAGCUCAACACCAACCAGUAUUCCGUCACCAUGCACCAGCGACACAUCGACCACAAGGCCGGCCAGACGGGGCUUCCAGGCAUGUUUGUCAUGUUUGAGAUCUCGCCCAUCCUGGUGCAGCUCUCUGAGCGGACGCACAGCUUCUUCCACUUUCUCACGGGCGUCCUCGCCAUCAUCGGUGGCAUCUUCUCAGUUGCUGGGAUGAUUGACUCGUUUGUGUAUCACGGGCUUCGCUCUCUCAAGAAGAAGCAGGAACUCGGCAAGCUUGGUUGAGCAACACAAUCCUCACUCACCUCUGUGUGUUAUGUGUUUUGUGCGUGUGUGUGUGUGUGUGUGUGCGCGCGUGUGCGUGUGUGUGUGUAUGUCUGUGUGUGUGUUUCUUCGUUUCUUGUCUUUCCUUCCCUUCGUGUCUGUGUUUAGACAAAGCAACAAGGCAGCACAGGA